AUUUCUACAGCACUCGAACAGCUUUCACGUAAUUUCAGUAAUUAAAAAAAAGUUUGACGUUUAUCCUUGCCUAUGAAUUGAUUCAUUCAUAAUAUAGGUGUGAUGUGAGUAGUGGGAUUUCGUAUCCUGAAAUUCCAUAUCUAUUUAAUAUUUUGAAAUGAGGUAGCACCGGUUAACAAGCGACAAUUAAAGACCAUCCUAGUACUAUGCCUUAAUUUAUUUAUACAGUGCUAAUAAUCAGUUUUUGCGGGAAUGCCGAACACGAACAGUGCCACCGUUGCCAAUGAUGAUUACGAAGUUAUCGGAGAAGCCCAAUGGCAAAUACUGGAGAAUGUUGUUGAUGAAGAGAUCUUCAAGAUCUACGGCUACAAGUACUCCAAAUUACGAGCCAUCAUAUUCCAUACUGUGUGCGUAGCACUAUGUGGAUUGCCGUAUUUUGCCUUGGGGUAUUAUCCCUCACUAAACAGAUUCAAGUACUUAAAAUGCAGUUUGAAAAUGGCUGAAGAGAUUUGUGUGAUGGAUGCCGAAGGCUCAUUUAACAUGGAGAAAGUGCUAGAAAUGGACCUGAACAUAGCCAACCAUAACAACAAACUUCGGUAUUUCAUCUACCAACACACGCGGUUUGUGUGGCUGAACGACCAAGGCGUAUUUGUGAAUGUGCAGUCGCUGAACGAGAAAUUGACUAUCAACCUUCUGAUGGAUAACAUGUCGGGGAUCAAUAAGCGGCAGCAAAAUGAGUUAAUCAAACUGUACGGCACAAACUCAGUAGAAGUAGAAGUGAAGAGCUACUGGACACUGUUCGUGAACGAAGUGUUCAACCCGUUUUACCUGUUCCAAGUGUUCUCCAUUGUGCUAUGGUCGCUAGACGAGUAUUACCAGUAUGCUACGUGCGUUUUGAUACUGUCAGCUGGAUCAUGCAUGCUGGCCCUUUAUCAAACUAAGCAGAUGAGCAUAAACCUCCACAAGAUGGCCGGCUCCACCAGCUCCUGCACCGUGUCCGUGCUGCGUCCGUCCCGCGCCGGCCGAGAAGAAUGCGUAGUCAAUGCUAGCAGACUAGUCCCCGGCGAUGUACUUAUACUACCACCUGAUGGCUGCGUCAUGCCGUGCGACGCUAUGUUGUUGACGGGGAAUUGCAUAGUCAACGAAAGCAUGCUCACAGGCGAGAGUGUACCAGUAAUGAAAGGCCCGCCCUGCCCAUCCCAAGAAAUCUACUCCACCGAAGGUCACAAAAGGCACACCUUGUUCGCUGGCACCCACGUUAUACAGACACGGUUCUAUGGCAACAAUCAGGUGCUAGCCAAAGUAGUCCGCACAGGCUUCUACACGGCCAAAGGCGAGCUGAUCAAGAGCAUCCUCUUCCCGAAGAAAUUCGACUUCCAGUUCUACAAGGACGCAGUGAAGUUCGUCAUCUUCAUGUUCUGCAUCGCCGCUAUAGGCAUGGGGUAUUCCAUCUGGCUGUAUUUACAGAGAGGCAGCCACGCAGAAACCAUAGUGCUCCGUACACUCGACAUCAUAACCAUAGUCGUGCCCCCGGCUCUGCCCGCCGCGAUGACUGCCGGCAUCGUGUACAGUCAGCAACGGUUACGCAGAAACAAAAUCUUCUGCGUAUCGCCGCCGAGGAUCAUCAUCUGCGGGAAGCUUCAAGUCAUGUGCUUUGAUAAGACAGGAACCCUCACGGAAGACGGUCUGGACCUAUACUCAGUGCUGCCUCAUCAGCCAGGCGAACGUUUCGGCCGCACCGUGGUCGAAGUGACAGCGCUUCCACCCCGCAGUCCGCUCAUACAAGCACUCGCUUCUUGCCACUCCCUUACUAGCAUCCAGGGCCAGCUAAAGGGCGACCCGCUCGAUCUCAAGAUGUUUGAAUUCACGCAGUGGGUGCUCGAGGAGCCAGGUCCAGAAAACACACGCUACGACAACCUAACACCUGCGAUCGUGAAGCCCAAGUCAGCGCAGAACGAGCUGCAAGACCUGGACAACUACGAUCCUCUCACCAUGGAGAUGCCGUAUGAGGUGGGUCUGUUACGGCGGUUCCAUUUCUCCUCGUCGCAGCAAUCGAUGGGCGUCAUCGCCCGCGUUCUGGGACAACCGCAGAUGGUUUACUUCGUCAAGGGGGCCCCGGAGAAGGUGGCCGGCAUGUGCAGCCCGGACUCUCUGCCCGAGAACUUCAGCUCUGUCCUCCACGACUACACUUCCAACGGCUUCCGGGUCAUAGGCCUCGCGCACCGCAAACUAGACCGCAAGAUGAAGUGGGUGGACGCGCAGCGCGUCAAGCGGGAGGGGCUCGAGUGCGACAUGACGUUCCUCGGCUUCCUCGUCAUGCAGAACAGCCUCAAGCCGGAGACCACGCAGGUCAUCAAGGAGCUGCACGAGGCCGACAUCAAGCAGGUUAUGGUCACAGGUGACAACAUAAUGACAGCGAUGUCCGUGGCGCGAGGCUGCUUCAUGGUGCAGCCGCACCAGAAACUGGUGCUCAUCACGGUCGGCCAUCAGCAGACGGACGACACGCGACCGCCGCUCUGUAUGGAGGUGGUGGGGGAAGGCGGGCCGCCGAAGCUCGCUAGCGACAUCUAUGUGCUGGCGUUGGAAGGGAAAACUUGGUCCGUCAUCCGGAAUUACUAUCCUGAGAUGAUGUCCACUGUACUUAACAGAGGCAUAGUAUUCGGCCGCUUCGGUCCCGACCAGAAGACGCAGCUGAUCACGGCGCUGCAGGGCGAGGGCCGCGUGGUGGGCAUGUGCGGGGACGGCGCCAACGACUGCGGCGCGCUCAAGGCCGCGCACGUCGGCAUCUCGCUGUCCGAGGCCGACGCCUCAGUGGCGGCACCCUUCACAUCGCAAGAGCAGAACAUUCGUUGCGUGAAAUUACUAGCGCUCGAAGGCAGAUGCGCGCUCAGUACAAGCUUCGCUAUCUUUAAAUACAUGGCUCUCUAUUCGCUCAUACAGUUCUUCUCCAUUCUCAUAUUAUAUAACUACUUCUCUAUCCUGGGCAACUACCAGUUCCUGUACAUCGACCUGGUGCUGACGACGCUGCUGGCGCUGUCGCUCGGCCGCGCGGCGCCGGGCCCGGUGCUGGCGCCGCGCUCGCCGCCCGUCUCGCUCGUCGCCGCCUCCAGCAUCCUGCCUCUAGUGGCGCAGGUGGCGCUGGUGCUCCUACUCCAACUCGCCGCUCUGUACUUGUUGCGGGCACAAGACUGGUUCCACCAAGUGGAAGGCAACCCUGAGCUGGAAGUGGUCCUCUGCUGGGAGAACACUGUGAUCUUCAUCGUCUCGGCGUUCCAGUACCUAGUCAUGGCGUGCGUCUAUGCCAAGGGCUGGCCCUUCCGCGAACCGUUUUGUGCCAAUUAUUACAUGGUGCUGACUCUAGUCACUCAGUCGGUGUUCGUCGUUCUGCUGCUGUUCUGUCCGUGGCAGGAGCUGGCCGACCUCAUGGAGGUGAAGGUGUUCAAGUGGGAAGCUCAAGAGGAAAACAUCUUCCGCAUCUACCUGCUGCUGGUGCCGGCGCUGCAUCUCAUCCUGGCUAUCGCCAUUGAGGCGACCCUAUCCGACACGCACAGGUUCCACGACAUGUUCCGCGGCUUGAGGCGUCGAUGCGACAAGCAGCCCGGCGCCGGUGACGCCGCGCAUGUGUGCUGACGCCACAGACACAUACACGCAUACACACGCGUCGUUAUACCAGGCGAGAUGUAUCUCUGUUUCGUUACUUUAGCCGCGAGUGCUGCACUAUGCGGGAACUUCUGUCCCUUUUUAACGCCUGUGAGGUUCCUUUGCGGACACGCAGCGGCUUAUAUCUCUGUUUCACUAGGAGAGUAUUUCUGUUUCUCUCUAGCAGUCGCGAGGCGCGCUGCGGAUUGUUUUGUUGUUAAAUGUUUUUCGACGGCUGUGAGAUCCGCAUGCCUCGCAGCAUUAGAUUUCUCUGUUACACUAAGCCAGGGGUCUUCAAACUUCGACCCACGGGCCGAAUCUGGCCCGCAAAAAGAGCCAAAUCUUAUUCAAUCCGGCCCGCGAAAGGGUAGCGGAGGCGAGGCCUUUGGAUCAAAAAGUUUGAAGACACUAAGCGAUAACCAUUUUUAUAUUUUUUCGGCAAAAUUUGUGGUGUUUGUACGCAGAUACGCAGCAUUGGAUGUAUGUAUUAUGCUCGCGCGUAAAUAUUCUGUUUCAUUUCGUUACAUUAUUAAAGAAAUACAGAAUCACUUUGAGAAAACACACUCAUGUUCGCCUAGUCUGAAAGGCAUCGUGUUAAUGACGUCACAAUUGCUUGGUGCCAAAAAAUGGAGCAUUUUUUAUUACCAUUUUAAAUAUGUAUUUGUACUAGGCACACAUAAGCAGCGACAAUUCGGUAUAUUUAGUUUAAAUCCUACCAAAAAGCUAUUAUUCGACGUUCGCUGCGCGCCUAGUAUUUUAGAAUCAUUAGAUCGUUUUGUAUUAUAUUUCAAGGUCAAACUAUGUAGACCUGACUUUAGUUCCUUUUACGGGUUAAAAAGUCUUAUUUCAAUGUUUGCGUUCAGUUGCUGACCUAAAAUCAACGCGGGUGUCCGCGAUAUUAUACAUUUUGUAUGAAAAUAUACAUACAGUCUGUUUUGUAAAGAAAAUGAGCCGGUUUUUAAAUUUAAGUAUGAUCAACCGGGAUAAACGCGACUAUGGGGUUAUAGCGUCUACAUCGUUAUUUCUCGAAUACGAUUGGUCGGAACGCCCUCUGUGUUACGUUUUAUUUCCAAGUAGCUCAGGCUGGAAGCUUUUGUACAGUCUAGUUCAUAAAUAAGUAUCCACUUUUUACCUCAUCAAUGUGAAGAAAUGUAUACAUAAUUAUGGCUCGGCUAUCUCUUUGUUUGAAAAAACAACUUAAAUCGACGCAAUAAUCCCGUAGUGGAAUCCCCGUCGACCUUAUAAAAUCAAUAUAUCUGUCGCGCUCACGUAAAUGGCGCCACACAUUAGCGCGAUAAGGACAAAUGUGGUGCCCACAAUUAUCCAAAAUACAAUCAUACGUAUUAUCUGUUUAAACAGAAAUCUGCAUAACAAAAGUAAAUAAAUAUGUGUCAAAUUGUAUGUAAUUACCAAGUAUGUAAUCUACUUGGCUCUGUUUUGUAUAGCCAGACUAUAAUUAUAAUCUAACUAUACCAGUGGUAGUAAAAGUAAUUAUAUGAUCACGAUGUUUAUGUUGAAUUGAAAAAUAUGUUGAGGAGCGCAUUUUCUGCGUAAUAUUUGAGGUUGUAUUCUAUACUAUAAGUUAGAGAAGGACAGCCUCAAGAAAGCAAUAUAAUGCAUAAAAAGACAGAGGCUUAUAUCGCGUCACAAUCACUACACCUUAUAAAACAAAGUCCCCCGGCGCGUCUGUCUGUUUGUGUGUUUGUAUGUUCGCGAUAAACUCAAAAACUACUGAACGGAUCGAUAGAGAGAUUCU